AUGCGUAACACGCUCAUCUUUGCGGGCAAUUCGUGCCCGGUUCUCACAAAGCAGAUAUGUGAGAACCUGGGCAUGCGACCGGCCGACGCUGAGCUGACCCAAUUCUCCAAUGGCGAGACAAGUGUGCGGAUUCUCACGAGCGUCCGUGAGAAGGAUGUUUUUGUCGUCCAGUCGGGCAGCCCCAGGAUCAACGACUCCAUCAUGGAGCUGCUAAUCAUGAUCAAUGCCUGUAAGGGCGGCUCAGCCAACAAGAUCACAGCGGUUCUCCCAUACUUUCCCUACAGCCGUCAGUCGAAGAAGAAGUCGCACCGAGGUGCCAUCACCGCUCGCAUGCUGGCCAACCUGCUUCACGUUGCAGGCGUCAAGCACGUUAUCACGGUUGAUUUGCACGCAUCUCAGAUGCAGGGCUUUUUCAAAUGCCCGGUUGACAAUUUGCAUGCGGAGCCCAUCAUUGCCCGGUGGAUCCGCCGCAACGUGCCCCAGUGGAAGGAGGCCGUUGUUGUAUCCAAGAAUGCCGGUGGCACGAAGCGUGUUACAUCUUUGGCUGAUGCACUCAAGCUCAACUUCGGCAUGGUGACUACAGACCGAAAGCGAACCACCAACAUGUCCCAAAGCAUUAUCAUGAAUCACUAUGAUAGGGAGGAUCGCACGCCGGCGCUGGAAACAUCCACUUCGGCCAGCAUUCGUCCUAACCGCGAUGCGGAAGAAGUGUUUGCCUCUCAGCAGGCCCAAGCCAAGCAGGCUGUCAUCUCAGCCGACUCGCAAGGUUCCCCUAAACGGUCGCACGCUGCCAUGGCCAGGUUGGCGAGCGAAGGCGUAACGCCAACCCGGAAUGGCAGCACCACACCGUCUUCAAACUCGACAGGCCAAACUGCCCAGGACGAGGAUGGCUAUGACGAUCAUCGGCCUCAGGAGGUCACUCGCGGCAGACUAGUUCAUGGACACGUGGUUGAAGACGAUUUCCCGUCUCCAGAACAAGAACAGAGCGAUACUGAGGAAGACCCCAUGGCGAUGUCACGUGCCUCUUCCUUCUUCGUCCCUGAGAAGCAAGCUCUGGGUGGCAGCAGUGAUCCCACUGCCAGCUCCGAUGAAGAGGACAACGUCUACCAGGAUACCAAGACCGAACACAUGAUUACCCUUGUCGGUGACGUGAAGAACAAAACGGUCUUCCUAGUAGAUGACAUGAUUGAUAAGCCUGGGUCUUGGAUUGCUGCGGCAGAGACAGUCGUCAAGCGUGGCCGAGCCAAGAAGGUGUACUGCAUUGCCACGCACGGCGUAUUUGGGGCGGACUGUCUGGAGCGACUGCAGGCGUGCGAGUGCAUCGACUCAAUUGUCGUGACCAACAGUUUCCCCAUCAGCCAUGAUCGCGUUAAGGGCGUCACCAAGCUGGUCAUUCUCGACCUGUCGAUUCUGCUUUCGGAGUCUAUCCGGCGCAACCACUAUGGAGAGUCAAUCUCGCCUCUUUACCAACACACAGACUAG